CUGCGCGUGCCUCGGAGGCUGCUACCAUAGAAAUCCACCCGAGCAUCCUUCCGCGAGUGGACCAGCGCGAGGAAUCGUUUUUUUCCACUGUUGCAAAACUGCUGGUCGGGAAAUUCAGGAUGCUUCUGCCAGCUGUUCCAGCCUUAUUAAUCUCUUUAUAACUACAAACUGCCUUUACAUUUCUUUAACAUCUGUUUUUAAAGCACAAGCUACAAAUCGGAGACGCUCCUGAAGCUGUUUUCUUGGCGGUUUUUCGAGGCUCGUCGUCUCUCCGGCGCCGCCGCCUGUCCAGCCGCCUGUGCCGCUCCAACCUGCAUCCUUUAUGCACAGCACGCUGCUCCGGUCCUCCCCAACAAAACACACCUUCGUGUCCGAGCACCAUGGCCCGCUCCAGCCGCUUUCACUGAGAGACAUGGAAGCGAAACAGCACCCGAUAAAGAGCCUAAAAAGCUACCCGGAGACCGGCGGCCGGAGCCUGGCAGCGGCCGCCGGAGGAGACGGAGGAGGAGGCGGCAGCGGUGGUGGUUAUCGAGCCGGCUCGGCUGAAAUGGAGAUGGAGACGAAGAUCCAGAAAGCCAUCGACUUCAAGGCGGAGGGUCAUCGCUGCUACAAGGAGAAGAAAUUUCGGGAAGCGAUAGGCAAGUACCACCGGGCGCUGCUGCAGCUCAAAGGGGUGCAUGUUGUCGAUGGGACGACGGGCUCCGAGGUCAACCUGCUGAACCAAGCCGCGGCCAAGCUGACCGAGGAGCAGCGGAGAGCCGUGGAGAGCACCGAGAUCGAGUGCUACGACAGCCUGACAGCGUGUCUGUUGCAGUCCGAGCUGGUAAACUACGAGAGAGUGAAGGAGUACUGUCUGAAGGUGCUGAGCCACCAGAGAGACCACUUCAAGGCCAUGUACCGCGCCGGCAUCGCCUUCUAUCACCUGGGUGACUACGAAUGUGCCCUACGUUACCUGCGUGACGCCAAGAACCGCGAACCCACAGACACCAACGUGCUGCGGUACAUCCAGCUGACGGAGAUGAAGAUGAGCAAGAGUGGACAGCGGGAACGAGAGAGCGGCAAAGAGACCCAGGGCUAAUCCUCGACCUUUUGAGCCUCCCGACCCUUCAACCUUUGACCCUAUGAGCAGUCCCAGAUCGACCCUCCCUCUCUCCAUCUCCUCUAUCGACUCCUGACAGCAGCACAGCCCACAGACAGAAGAGACCGACCCAAUCACCUGCCAGCGAUGGACAAAAAUGGGGGGAUAUAUCAGGCGCUGUCUGCAACCCAUCUCCCUCUUCCUUCUCUUCCCUCCUCUUCUCCCUUUUUCUCCCUCAGGUGCUGUGGUUCCUCUCCCUAGACGCAGACAGCCGAGCAAACAUAAAAAAAAAACAAAAAAAAAACAAAACAACAAAAAACAAGGAAAAUGCUGUAUUAUACUCAUACGAAACGGUCGUUGUGGUGGACUGAAAAAGGAGCUUCAAAACAUACAUAUGAAUAAUGGACAUUUGCGUGAUUUAGUAAACGUUUUAAAAACA